AUGGCUCUACAGCCUUUUACGAACGAGCAGCUGAAUUACUUUAAAUUCGCCUCCAUUGUACUCAAUGAAUUCGCCUUUGCUUUGCGGCAGACGUUCAAAUCCAUGUGGGACAACAUAUUUGGACAUCGUCCCGGGUAUCAACCGUGGGAUAACUCCAUGGUAGUAAGAAAUUUGUUUCUCGCUGAAGAAGGUGGAAAAACGAAAGUUCCUACACACAUCUCCUAUGAAGAAUGGGAUUGUACCGCUCUGUUCCAGGCCACCAUCUAUGCAAGGUCCUUCGCUACGCCAGCUAGCAAAGGUCAUUACAAGACACUCAGUGAAAUGUACGUAAAGCACCAUAAAGUACCUCCCGGAAAGUUCCAUCCAUCUGUUGUGAGUCCAAGUGGAAAUACCGCCGAAACCUUCGCUCUUGCGAUUGAUCAACUUCGACUUUUACGAAACUCGCUUUGUCACGCAGACAGGUCAGAGAUUGAUAAACCAACCUUUGACCAAUACGUGAAGCUUGCUAAAGAAGCAUUCAAAGCUCUUGGAAUCAUAACAGAUCCCAUUGAUGCCAUCGGUGGACUGACAGAGUCUGACUUUCCCACCAAAGAAGUUCGCAAAUUGGAAGAAAGUCUUAGACAGGAGACCAGAUCAUACAUCGAGUGUCUCGAAGAACUAAGAUCAGGUGUGGAAUGUCUCGAAGAAGUGAAAUCAGGUGUCGACAAAUUAAUAGCACAGGGGAAUGCGAUAAAAGAAAAAGUUGAUGACCUCGCUUUGUUGAAGGGAGAAAUAGAUGAUUUGAAACUAAACAUGGAUGAAGAUCAAACAGGUAUAAACUGAUUAAAAGCUUUACAUAAUUUUUUGAUUAUCAACAAUUUAAGAUGUACUAUGGCAGUCUUAUAACCAUUAGUUUGACAGGGAGGAACUGAAAAGAAAUAGCAGCGUUUCUGCUCUUUACUCUAGUAAUAAUAGUUCAACGGGGCAACUUCCAGUUUUCGCAAAAGUGCUUCGUACAUGUCUUGAAAAUCCUGUCUUCUUCCCUAAGAUGAAUUUAUUCUAUAAUCAGAAUACCACCCAGGGGUGGAUCCAGGGUAGUUUACCUGAUUUCCGGAACUCACUCAAAUUUUUUCCGACCUAGUUAAAUGUUGAUAAAAGUACUUUUGGAAAACACUCUAAUUUCCCUUUGGAAACUACUGAUACUUUUGUGGAAAUCACUAAACGUCUUCCAGAAAUAAACCAUCUUCCUGUUUUACAGUUAUUUAUUAAAGAAAAUACGUUUAGAAUGACUAAUUUCGUUAUAAUUGCGGUCAUGAGGCGUUCGGGAGCGCUCCGGAUCACGCGCUGGCCUUUCGAGCUUCGAUUACACCUCGGAAACCGUCGGAAGCCGUCGGAAAAUGUUCGUGGAGCCAAUCUUUACGCAACCGGUGGGUGUAAGUCCUUGUUAUUUGGUGACAAUAACAGGCGGAACACAGUCAAAACCCCUCACGAUUGGCUAGCAAAGAUUUCGUCAUCGGAACUCACUCAAAACACUCUUCUGAUUGGCUAGUUGUGUUUGGAAACUACCUUGGAAACUACUGACAAAGUAUAAAACGGGCAGUUCCUCCCCCAGCGGGUCUCUUUCGUUGCUCCUACAAUACUAGUGUUAUGACUCGCGGAGAUCCUGUUUGUCGGAGGGAGAAUUGUUCUCCCUUCGACAUUGGCCUAGUUUUCGACGAGAUCCACAACUACUCGCCGCAUCAGAAGCUGGAGUUCGUCGAAAACGUGUGGAAACCAGGUGAGCUUUUUGAUUUCCCCGUGUCAAUGGAAAAUGGAAAAUCUCGUAAGUUUGUCUCGGGCUGGCUGAAAAGAUUUCCAUGGCUAACUUACUCCAAAUAUUUCGAUGGAGCAUUUUGUUUAGCUUGUGUUUGUUUUGGAGUUCAGUGUGGGCGAAACGCCAAUAAGUUAGACAAAUUGUUGAAGUCUCCUCUCACAAAUUGGACUUCGGCCGCUUCUCGCUUAACCAAACACUCGCUAGGAAAUUGUGAAAUUCACAAUUUUUCUAUGACUGCUAUGAAUGAUUUCAAGAGAAUGAUGCAAAGAGGAGCUGUCCCAAUUGACCAGCAGUUAAAUAACAUAGUUCAACAGCAAAUCGCGAGAAAUCGGGAGAUUCUAAAGUCCCUUUUCAAAACUAUUAUUUUCUGUGGGAAAAACAACAUCCCACUCAGGGGCGGAGAGAUGAUGAUCAAUCUCACUAGAGUUUUCUUGACCAUGUACUCCAGCAGCUCAACACCAGAUUCCAGGAUGAUGUAUUUGUUUGCUAUAAAGGUAUUUCGAUUAUUCCCUCUGUUUUACUAGCUACUGACCCUGCCUGGAAGGCCAAUGUUUUGGAAUUUUGUAACCAUUACAGACAGGACAUACCAAAUUAUGCAGGAUUACAGGCAGAGCUUUUGUUAUGGGAGAGAUUGUGGAGGGAGGGAUAACAGAGGAGAUAUUAUUCCUGACAGUUUGGAGGUUACACUGAAGGAUAUUGACAAAGAUGCAUAUGUCAACAUCUAUUUCAUGCUGAAAGUCCUGAUCACAAUUCCAAUUUCAUCUGCAUCUUGUGAGAGAUCCAUAUCAUCCCUUCGAAUCUUAAGAACUAUUUGAGAAAUACAAUGACCCAGAACAGACUGAAUGGAUUGGCACUGAUGCAUGCCCACAGAGACAUGGAUUUUGACCUUGAACGUAUAAUAGAUUUAUUUGCUGAGUUACAUCCUAGGAGAAUGAGAAUGGCAAACAUUUUGUAAUAAUUUUUUGCACCAGCUGUUUCUAGAGUACUUGUGAGUUAUGUUCUGUCUGGGUUAUGGCCUUUAAGUCUCAUAAUCCUUAAACUGAUGGAGAACAGUACAGAAGCUCAAACUGGUGCCUGUAUAACUUUUUUUUCAACUCAUUUCAAGGUUAUUUUCUAUUUUGUUUUACUUGUGAUGAUUUUCCAUUGACAUUGACAUUGGGUUUUCAUGUUAAGCUUAAAUGGUUAACAAACAUUUUCACUGAACUCAACCAGCUUCACAGCAAUUCCCAAGGAUGAAGAAAGGCUAGUAUUAUUUCAAAUUAUCAUUUUACUUCAAUUUGUGUAUCAUUUUAUGAUUCUUAUAAUUUAUAUUUUUCUAAUAAUUGUUUUAUUUUUUUUGAAUUCCAGCUCCCAACACAGGCUAACCAUCCAUAAAGCCCUUCUCUCUCUCUCAAAUUCUUUUUCUGUGUUGUGCUCCUAUAUAUGAAAUGAAUAAAAAGCCAGCUCAGGAAAUGUUGUUUUUAGUGUUGCUAAACAUUUGGAUUUAUUGAGCCUGGCUUUCAUUCAUUUCAUUCAUUAUAGGAGCACAACACAGAAGAAAUUUGAGAGAGAGAAGGGCUUUAUGGAUGGUAAGCCUGUGGUCCCAAGGAUGAAAAAGGCAAGUAGAUUUUUAUUAUCAAUCUUUAAACUAUAUCAUCAAUUGUGCUUGUUUUUCUUUUGUUAUCAAAAACACUAACACUUGGUUCGUUUUUUUUUCUCCACAUCUUGAUUUUCCUGACUGGGAGGUGAUGUUUUCCAGUGUGAAAAGUCUUGGUGAUGACUUGGCCUUCCUGAAAACACUAUAUACACUGGUUUGCACAGUAGCUAAAGGUGGAAUAUUUGUAAAUCAGAGUGUUUCCUGUAGUACUUUCAAGAAAAAUAAAUGUUUUUUGCCUUUUUGAUUACAUGCUUUUUUAGUCUUUUGGGGGCAAUUAAAUUUUCUAAAAAUGCAUGAAAUGGCCUUUAGAGAGCUCCAAAUUUCAAAUUUUCUCGGGGGGGCAUGCCCCCGAACCCCCCUAGCAGGAGUGGGUCCUCGGGUGGAAACUACUCACUCAAAAUCCUGGAUCCACCCCUGCCACCUUAAACAAUCUGUUAUCUUUUAUUUUAAAACGAUUUGUUUAAGAAGUAAGCCGCAGCCACUAUAUUUACCGGCAUCGUAACUCUUGUGGGAUGUUGUUAAGAUUACAACCUCACGGAAAGAGCAAGAAGCUUAUGAUUAAAGCUGUGUCCCUAAAACAUGAUUUCCACAUUUUUAAUGGUACAGUAAAAUGUACUAUUUAUUAUCAUCGUUAUUUUUCUCUUCAAACUACCGACAUGAGCUCUUUCAUGAUUGCAUCAAUUUUUUCCUUUUAAGAUUCAAAGCCAUUCCUUCCACCAUCAAAUCUUCCCUCAAGGGUUCCACACUUCACUGGCCGUCAGAGAGAAUGUGAAGACAUCAGGCGUCACUUAACUUCCAAAAGUACUCGGAUCGUGUCCAUAUGGGGCUCGCCUGGUUUUGGUAAGACUUCUGUGGCAACUGAAGUCGGACAUCAACUCCAAACUGGUGGACUUCCCGUAUACUUCUUCUCUAUGCGACGACUUCUUUCAAAAGCCGAUCUGACUAUGCAGCUUCUGAGCUUCUUUAAAAGACACUCCACAAAAGAUCAAAUGCCUCAGCGGAUGUCCCUUGAAGACGAACUUUCCCUCUUUCUAAGUAAUAUUUCAGGUGAAUUUGUGAUAAUUCUUGACAAUGCCGAUGACUUGCUCGAAAGUGGAACACCCAAUGUGAAGGACGAUUUCAUAAACCUUCUGAAAGUCAUUCUUUGUCAAUUCAAAAACUUAACAUUUCUUCUUACCACAAGGCAAUCUCUUCAAUUUAUGGAUAUGAAUUUUCAAGGCCAUCAAGCAUUAAGAAUAGAGCCAUUACACAAGUCCUUCUCUGAAACGUUAGUCGGCGGAUUACUCCCAAAAGCGACCGCGUCUGACUGCUCAAAUAUUGCAAAACUCUGCGGGUUCGUACCUUUGGCCAUGAAACUGUUCUGUUCCUCUAUUGCUGAAGAUAAUGCUCAGCCGACUCAAUUUUUAGUUAGCUUCAAGGAAUCUAUAGAAGAUAACCUUUUGGAGCUGUUGGACGAUUCAGAUUAUCCAAGCGAUCUGCGAUUGAAGUUCCUACUUGAAUCCUCUUUUCAGAGACUCUCUCUAUCAGACAAAGAAGCCCUGGUAUCACUUAGUGUUCUUUCUGGAGAUUUUAACCACUCAGUUGCUGCAGCUGUCAUGGGUGUAAAAACAACUCUGGAGGCUAAGAAAAUCUUGCAUAGGCUUCGGAAAAAAUCCUUCCUCGACUCUAGCUUCAAACCUGAGUCAUUUUCGAUGCAUAAGUUGAUUCUGUCAUUUGUAAAGAAAAGAGGUCAAGAUGAAAUGAAAGAAACCAUGCUGAACUCCAAAGCACGUUUGUCUGCAUUUUACGUCUCUCUUUUCGAGCAGCUAAAUCAACAGUUUUUGACAGGACAAUCCAUGCAAGCAUUUAUUGAUUUCUAUGAAGAGAAGCAGAAUAUUAUUGAGAGUCUUAAGGAGAGCUGCUCUGAUCCUAAGACAUGUGACGUCGCAUUUGGUGUCCUGACAAAAGCAGAAAUCUUUCUAGAUUCCCUUUUCUGGUGCGAAGGGAAAAUCAUGAACAAAAUUUACGAUCACGCAACUAAAGAAGCUCAGGCGUUUGGAAAAAGCGUAUUCUACAGUCAGUUACUGGUGUCCUUGGCAUUCACCGAACUGACUUGGGGGAUAGGUGGAAGAUCGAUGACGAUGCUCUCUAAAGCUGAAGGCCUUUCGUUGCCGGUAGAUGAUAAAAGAAAAAUCCUGUGUUAUAAAGGCAUCUGUCAACUGGUUUCAGGCAAAAUAGACGACGGAGCUCAGAACUUGCAAGAAGCUCUUUGCUUGAUGAGUGACAGCCCGGAACAGCGAAUUCUCAGCAUAACUGCACUGCAAAUUCUUGUUACUUACUUUCUUUUCAAUAAAAAGAAAGCAACUUCACUAGAGUUUUAUACCAAAGCUUUACAUGAAUGCAGAGCAUUAGGAGACACAAGUCUUCUUAUUAUUCCUCCGGUGAAUAACAAAGAAUUGACAAUGAUCGAGGCAGAUAUGCCGGAACCAGAUGUUAUAACCACUGAACCACUUAGAUUAGAAACUAUUUGCGUUGUUAGCAAAGCAACAGAAAUGUUCUCUGAUUACGUAACAAAGCAAGCAAUAAGCAGAUCUGUGCUAUGGAUGUCAAAUCAAACAAAAACACAGAUCCUCCCACAUUCCAUUGGUUCAUGGACCUUCCAGCGCAACAUCAAUUUGACACUUAAAAAUGUACUGAAUAAUCCCGAGGAAGCAUCAAAGUUGUGUGACACACAGAUCACUUAUCAUAAAAAGACCUUAAAACAAAGUGGAAAAGUUAACGCAGGAGAUAGAGCUAAACCCAACAAAAAGAUUGAUUUCAAUUUGCAUCAAGAAGAAUUAUAUAAAAGCUAUCUGGACCAAGGCCACACUCUUCUUCAGAUGCAAAACUAUCCUAAAGCCAUUCAGUCCUUAGAAUAUGCCCUAAACAUCGCAAGAGGACUGUUCGGGGAGGAACACCCAGACAUAGGUCAGAGUUACUUUUCUAUCGGAGUCACACAACAUGCUUUAGGCAAUUUCUCCUCAGCACUUCAGUCCGAACAGCGUGCUCUUGACAUAAGAGUUAAACUCUUCGGGGAAGAACAUCGAGACACAGCCAAAAGUUACUUUUCUAUCGGAGUAACACUACAUGCUUUAGGCAAUUUCUCGUCAGCACUUCAGUCCCAUCAGCGUGCUCUUGACAUAAGAGUUAAACUCUUCGGCGAAGAACACCCAGACACAGCCGAAAGCUACUUUAAUCUUGGAGUAACACAACAUGCUUUAGGCAAUUUCUCGUCAGCACUUCAGUCCAAACAGCGUGCUCUUGACAUAAGAGUUAAACUCUUCGGGGAAGAACAUCGAGACACAGCCAAAAGUUACUUUUCUAUCGGAGUAACACUACAUGCUUUAGGCAAUUUCUCGUCAGCACUUCAGUCCCAUCAGCGUGCUCUUGACAUAAGAGUUAAACUCUUCGGCGAAGAACACCCAGACACAGCCGAAAGCUACUUUAAUCUUGGAGUAACACAACAUGCUUUAGGCAAUUUCUCGUCAGCACUUCAGUCCAAACAGCGUGCUCUUGACAUAAGAGUUAAACUCUUCGGGGAAGAACAUCGAGACACAGCCCGUAGUUACUUUUCUAUCGGAAUAACACAACAUGCUUUAGGCAAUUUCUCGUCAGCACUUCAGUCCGAACAGCGUCCUCUUGACAUAAGAGUUAAACUCUUCGGGGAAGGACACCGAGACACAGCCCAAAGUUACUUUUCUAUCGGAGUAACACAAUAUGAUUUAGGCAAUUUCUCGUCAGCACUUCAGUCCAAACAGCGUGCUCUUGACAUAAGAGUUAAACUCUUCGGCGAAGAACACCCAGACACAGCCGAAAGCUACUUUAAUCUUGGAGUAACACAAUAUGCUUUAGGCAAUUUCUCGUCAGCACUUCAGUCCCAUCAGCGUGCUCUUGACAUAAGAGUUAAACUCUUCGGCGAAGAACACCCAGACACAGCCGAAAGCUACUUCAAUCUUGGAGUAACACAACAUGCUUUAGGCAAUUUCUCGUCAGCACUUCAGUCCAAACAGCGUGCUCUUGACAUAAGAGUUAAACUCUUCGGGGAAGAACAUCGAGACACAGCCCGUAGUUACUUUUCUAUCGGAAUAACACAACAUGCUUUAGGCAAUUUCUCGUCAGCACUUCAGUCCGAACAGCGUGCUCUUGACAUAAGAGUUAAACUCUUCGGGGAAGGACACCGAGACACAGCCCAAAGUUACUUUUCUAUCGGAGUAACACAAUAUGAUUUAGGCAAUUUCUCGUCAGCACUUCAGUCCAAACAGCGUGCUCUUGACAUAAGAGUUAAACUCUUCGGCGAAGAACACCCAGACACAGCCGAAAGCUACUUUAAUCUUGGAGUAACACAAUAUGCUUUAGGCAAUUUCUCGUCAGCACUUCAGUCCAAACAGCGUGCUCUUGACAUAAGAGUUAAACUCUUCGGCGAAGAACACCCAGACACAGCCGAAAGCUACUUUAAUCUCGGAGUAACACAACAUGCUUUAGGCAAUUUCUCGUCAGCACUUCAGUCCAAACAGCGUGCUCUUGACAUAAGAGUUAAACUCUUCGGCGAAGAACACCCAGACACAGCCGAAAGUUACUUUUCUAUCGCAGUAACACAACAUGCUUUAGGCAAUUUCUCGUCAUCACUUCAGUCCCUUCAGCGUGCUCUUGACAUAAGAGUUAAACUCUUCGGGGAAGAACAUCGAGACACAGCCCAAAGUUACUUUUCUAUCGGAGUAACACAACAUGAUUUAGGCAAUUUCUCGUCAGCACUUCAGUCCAAACAGCGUGCUCUUGACAUAAGAGUUAAACUCUUCGGCGAAGAACACCCAGAUACAGCCAAAAGUUACUCUUCUAUCGCAGUAACACAACAUGUUUUAGGCAAUUUGUCGUCAGCACUUCAGUCCGAACAGCGUGCUCUUGACAUAAGAGUUAAACUCUUCGGCGAAGAACACCCAGACACAGCCGAAAGUUACUUUUCUAUCGGAGUAAUACAACAUGCUUUAGGCAAUUUCUCGUCAGCACUUCAGUCCGACCAGCGUGCCCUUGACAUAAGAGUUAAACUCUUCGGGGAAGAACAUCGAGACACAGCCGAAAGUUACUUCUCUAUCGGAGUAACACAACAUGCUUUAGGCAAUUUUUCGUCAGCACUUCAGUCCAAACAGCGUGCUCGCGACAUAAGAGUUAAACUCUUCGGGGAAGAACACUGAGACACAGCCGAAGGUUACUUUUCUAUCGGACUAACACAACAUGCUUUAGGAAAUUUCUCGUCAGCACUUCAGUCCCAUCAGCGUGCUCUUGACAUAAGAGUUAAACUCUUUGGGGAAGAACACCGAGACACAGCCGAAAGUUACUUUUCUAUCGGAGUAACACAACAUGCUUUAGGCAAUUUCUCGUCAGCUUUUCAGUCCCAUCAGCGCGCUCUUGACAUAACAGUUAAACUCUUCAAGGAAGAACACCCUGACACAGCAAAAAGCUACUUUAAUCUUGUAGUAACACAACAUGCCUUAGGCAAUUUCUCGUGAGCACUUCAGUCUCAACAGCGUGCUCUUGACAUAAGACUCUCCGGGGAAGAACACUCACAUACAGCAGACAGUUACUUUAAUCUCGGAGUAACACAACAUGCCUUGGGAAACUUUUUAUCAGCACUUCAGUCCGAUCAGCGUGCUCUUGACAUAAGAGUUAAACUCUUCGGCGAAGAACACCAGGAUACAGCUCAGAGUUACUUUUCUAUCGGAGUAACACAACAUGCUGUAGGCAAUAUCUCGUCAGCACAUCAGUCCAAACAGCGCGCUCUUGACAUAAGAGUUAAACUCUUCGGGGAAGAACACCCAGACACAGCAGAGAGUUAUACUAAUCUCGGAGUAACACAACAUGCCUCAGGAGACAUUUUAUCAGCACUUAAGUACAAACAGGGUGCUCUUGACAUAAGAGUUAAACUCUUUGGCAAAGAACACCAAGACACAGCUCAGAGUUACUCUUCUAUCGUAGUAACACAACAUGCUUUAUGCAAUUUUUCUUCAGCACUUCAGUCCAAACAGCCUGCUCUUGACAUAAGGGUUAAACUCUUCGGGAAGAACACCCAGACACAGCAGAGAGUUACGCUAAUCUCGGAGUAACACAACAUGCCUCGGGAGACUUUUUAUCAGGACUUCAGUCCGAUCAGCUUGCUCUUGACAUAAGAGUUAAACUUUUCGGAGAAAAACACCCAGACACAGGUCAUAGUUAUCUUAAUCUCGGAGUAACAUAACAUACUUUGGGCAAUUUUACGGCAGCACUUUAGUCCGAUCAGCGUGCUCUUGACAUAAGAGUUAAACUCUUCGGGAAAGAACACCCAGACACAGCCUAAAGUUACUUUAACCUCUUAGUUACAGAACAAGCUUUAGGCAAAUCGCUCUGACGAAGGGCCAACGCUCGAAACGUCAGCUUUUUUACUCUCUACGGUGGCCAAUUGACGUUUUCAACUCAGUUGUUAACAUUAAAUUACAAUUUAAAUUAAGGUUACUUUUCACUCAGAGGCCGAAAAAUCCCUUUUUGUUGAUAUUUGAGUAAACUGAAUUCAAACAUUUAACCUAACGUUUCCACUAAAGAGAUUUCUAAUAUUUUUAAAAGCACCCGAGUUAUUUAGAAAAACGUACUUUCAAAAAAAGUUAAUAAAUCAGGAGGGUGUCGUAAUCUUGGACCUUGAAUCUGCUGGGGGAAUUUUCGCGGCAACCACUCAUCUUGGGGCUCGUUUUCCAUGUUAUUUCCAUAGUUUGUUUACGUCGCACACUUGACAAAAUUCACAAUGCGAAGUUCUUUGCUCACGGAAAAACCUUUACUCAUCGAAAAAUCAAAAGCGGAAGAAAGUCCUUGGUAAAAAAAAAAAAAAAAAAAAAGAGCUCUAGGCUAGCGUCCAUAUUUCGAACAAGGAGGUCAUCGUCAAACAAAAAUUUGCCAUACAUAAUGUUAAAAACAAGGUCUCCUUUUAUUUAUGCAAGUACCAGCCUUGAUACAAAUCGUAAUUUUGAAAGGUGUCUGUCGAUCCGUUGUCUUGCUCCUCAGCACAUUUUCCUGUUUUUCCAUCUUAGCCUUUGGCGACUCUGCCCAUUAUUACGUCGUCCUCCUCAAAGUUCCACUGAGCGAUCGAGUCUGCAAUGGAUUUCUUUUCCCGGGAAAUCUUGAUCCAUCGUCAUUGACACAGGGAGGUCCCGUUGUCCCAUUGGUUUGCGGUUUCAGGAGGCGAGUUAAACUUCUAGCGCAGCGCCAGUUGUUUGCAAACCUUCAUUAGCUAAAAUCUCGCAAUCGUCAGAUUUCGCCAAAAAUUUCAGGAAUAUUGACAAACGGAAGUGUGUCGGCAAACUUUGAUAUUUGAAAUAUUUGUCUCGCGUUGUCCAUUUACGCAACACACCUCGAAAAUUUUUAGCUACUCCAAGUUUAGAUGCUGAUAUCUUGACAACCAAUCAGAAUAUCAAAAAAGCCGAACACACUCUUGUUGAUUGGUGCCUUGUGAACAAGACUGUGCAGCCGUUUUGUUCGUGCUGCGACAUCCGAUACCUGAUAGAUUCAAUAGAAGAACCAUCGGUCGUUUUAUUGUAAACUGCAGUUCGUAAGCUUUCUUCUGAUGUAUAGUUUGCUAGGAUUAUGGUGAAACUAGCACUCCAACGAUUUUUUUUUCCCGAAGGACACCCGCGAAGGUGGGAAGUAACCUGAACAACUCAGUUGAUAAAACCAAAUUAUCUUGCUAUACUCUCCCACUGACGCAGCACCACAGUUUAUUUAGAAACUCCCUCCCUUUAAUGAUAAAACCCAGUUGAAGGACUCCUUCCCUUUUAAGCUAUGUAGAAGAGUAAACCCCGGUCACUCUGGGAAGAAAAGUGACUUGGAUUUGCAGAAAAAUUAAACGAUUUUGGGAAAACUUGAAGGAACCAUUUAGUCUUGUUUUUUUUCUUUAACUAAAAUAAAAGAUUUUUAACUUCACCUCAAUGUUUCUUUUCAGAAACUUCAUUAAAAAACAUUUCCUGUCUAAAUCUGAGUUUACUCGAGAUAAAAAUGUCAUUUUUGACGUUUAAGUGACAUGGGAACGAAUUAGUUGAAGAGGUUCGCGUGGCAUCAUGGAAGUUUCGGGUUACUCAUUCGUUUCGCGGGAAAAUUAAGUCAUUGUAGGUCGGUCAGUCUCAUGUUUGACCACUUUCUUUUCUGUAUUUUUUGUAAUUUUGGUAUUCCAGCUCCCUGUAAAAUAUUACAAUCAUUGAUUUUUCUUCCUUAGUACUAGAAGACUGACUGGCUCAUCCUGAAUAAACUUUUCACAUUGAAUUUAUCGUGUGAGUGUUGUCAGGAUGACAACUUUACAUUCACUCUAGAAUAUGAAAAAAUAAAUAAGUCCCUACCUCUCAGACCCUGUCUCAACCUGUAAAAUUUUUUCUUAUUUAAAAUUUUAAAAAAUGCACCUUAGGUUGAGGACAUGAAAGAUGUGAGAAUGCUUUUUCUUUACAAGCUGCAUCAACUGCGUGCAAACGAAGAUUUCGACGAGGACUGAAAAAGACGGUUUCUCGCUUGCGGUGUUCGGUUCAAGAUUAGAACAAAGCACUCCCGUUACUGAAUGAUUAGUUAAUUGCCUUCCUGUUUUGUUUUCUAUGGCGAAAUCUAUGGUAAUAAUGGGUAGCUGUGUUCGUUUCUGUUUACAUAACAUGUUAUUCCUUAUUUCUUUGGUUAAUGCUCCAGAGUUUCGUUGCUGUAGAGUAAUUUCCUUGGCAAACCAAAAGCUAACUUUUGACGAAAUAAUCAGCUGCACGAUGAUUUUUCGCCUAGAAGUGAUCGGGCAGUUUCACUGCAAACUGCUCCUUUCCUCAGAGAUUGUAAAGGCAGAGGCCGGCGUCGUCGAACCGGUCAAACGAAAAACGAGUGAGUUUAAAGUCAUCUGAUUCAAGUUAAUCUCAAAUAGGGAUUUUAAUACAGAAAAACCUUCUUUAGUUUAAGUGUGGCAUUGCCAUGCGACCCAUUUCGCACAACACUUGGAUUCGCUACCAUGCAUCUAAUUCAAUAAUAUUUGCGUUUCUUUAAUUAUCUCAUUGCAGUGCUGUUAUCACAAUGAUAUUGCUACUGUUGCUACUUUUAGUUUCUUGAGGGCUCGUGGGAUGGAUUUUCGGAAACUUAAGUUAGGAGAAUACACGGACCCUUCGAGCUUGUGUUUAUGCCAGUAUCCGCCAGAGGUUCACGCCACAGGAUAUCGGUCAGCUCAGGAAACGGCUUGAACUUUAUCACAAAUGAUGCAUUUCUGUUAUUGAAAUACGACAUAAACUAAAAUUGGUAGGAUUUUCAUACGAUAAGAGAAAAAAGCGCAAAUGUAGUCGUGUGGAAAGACAGAGUAUGAGUACAUCUCAAGCGCGUGAAAUAAGGAGCUCACUAUUCUUCGCUUGCGAAAUGUCAGCCGAAAAGAAUGUUGAACAAUCGUGUACGGUGUGGGAACAGGCUACUUAAUCAGCAUCCUCUUUAGCUGAAUUCUUUGAUUAUCUUGCCCUGAUUUAACUCAGUAGUUAUAUGUGUUUGUAACAGGCGUCUUCGAAGCCGUUACGGAGCAGACGGCCAACGACAUUGAAGAGUAAAAUCUCCUCGAUGUCGACGAUCUAGACACGCAUUACGUCCGUCCUUCUUUCCAGAUUUUUCCUUUCUCCACCAUAACUGCCGACGUGUCUUCACAUUUUUCUACGUCACAGCUAUAACUUAAUCAUUUUUGGCCGCGCGCUUUAUGGAGACACUUUUUGAACGCUAAAUCGUACGUACGUAUACAUUCCUUUUAGGUUAGAGAAUCCUAAAUGAGCAAAUAAACGACAUAUUAUUCGAAGCCAAAUUUUCUACAGUUUUUUUUGACACUUAAUCGACGGCCAUUUUUGAAAACGUUCCGAUCCAGGUUACGUGAUUGAUACACCACACGUGUAUAAGGCAGUGAAAAGGGUAGCCUGAAAAACAGGCUUAAGUUUGGCGAGCGAGUGGUAUGUAUUUUCUGAAUGAAAAUUAUGGCCGCUAUCUUUGAUUUUAAUGGUAGCGGAAGGCUUAGGGAGAGAAAGAAAUUUGUACUACGGGGGCGGUCGACGGUCAAAAAUAAGAAGAAGAAGGGUAGGGGUGGAGGAGUGAAGAUUCUCGCCCCGUACCCCCACUGUUUACUCUGACUCCAAAUCAAACAUGGCCGGUCGGAUAAACGAACGCGAGCUUAUAACGUUAGCUCCCACUAAUAAGAAACCUACACUGCAGGCUAUGAAAAGGGUCAUGCUAAGACCUGAAAGUAACAACUUCGCCCUCGCUCUUCAACCGCUACCGAGCGGAAAAAAAUGUAUUUGUUCCAUUUUGAUACAAGCCACCAUUUAGAGACUAUGAAAUACGAAGCGAGAAAUACGGAUCGCGUAUCUGUAUUCAGAGCCACGGGUAAAUUACAUGCCAUACCAAACAGAGAUAAAAAAAUAGUUAUAUAUAUUAUUUUUUCCUCUUGACCAUGAUCGAGACUGUUACUUAUAGAAAUAUUUUUUAGUCCACGCCGAAAAGUAUCAAAGUUAAGAUUUUGUCCGGUGUAUAUCACUGUGACCUCAAGCCCAUCGAUUCUGGAAUGAGCGUAACAUAAGAGCAAAGUGUCGUCACGUAUUAUGGGAGGUCUUGAUCUGGUUUUGUGAACGAAGCUCUUCUUCCAGGUUCCGAAAAUAUACAAGAUUUAUACUUUCUGUAUCUUUUUUUAACGGAGACCAGUGAGCAGCACAAAGAAAGACUACUUGGUGUUGUAACUUUUUGUUAAUUUUUUCCGACGCAUUUUGUUUGAGACUUCUUCAGGGAUGAGUACAAUUAACAUUGAACACUAUACAUAGCACAUUCGUGUCCGUAAGUAUGACUUCCAGCGGAAGUGAAUAAUAACAGAAACAUGUUGUAAACCGACGUAACAAGAGACGUCUUGUUAUCAGCGCUACACUCAAGCAUUGUUUCUCAUUUGCAACCGGAAAAUAUGAUGAAAUAAAUCUUGUCUGCAAUGUUACUCGUUUCAAAAAUGUACCACUGUCAGCUGAGUGAACAGUAAAUUACUCACGCUCGUUUAUCGUAAAUAAAACAGGCCGACAGCCUGAGAGAGGAAGCCAUGAAAGCACAUGUCAUGAGACUGCCUAGCACCCACAAUAUUAAACGCAAUAUCUUGGUUAAGAAAACGAACCGAGUAAGCGACCCAAUCGUGUGACGGAAAUAACAAGCUCGUAAUAAGGUAAGAUUGAGGAAAGGAGUGGUUAUUUCUGUUAAGACUAAGUCAGGGAAUUUUGAAGAGCAGGCGUGUUUGUGAGUCGUCCAUUCUGUUUUUUUUUUUUUUUUUUUUUUUUUGCACCUUUUAAGUAAGUAGAAGUAAGCGUUAGGUGAGCGCUAUGGAUGAAAAAGAAGUUAUUCCUGCUCUAUCGCGUGUUUUGAAGAGCAUUGCUCAGGGGCCAUGUUUAUUUCAAAAAGGAAAUGGAGCAAUGCUGAGUGUAUUGACCAGAUUCAAAGGGGAAUUUCCCUUUCUAAGGCGCGUUUGACCCGUAAACAUCACGCCACAUUUCUUAAAAACAAUGAAUUCUUCAUUGCUUAGGCAUUUAGCGUAUUAAGGGUUAGUUUAGAAUUUCUGUGUGGUAUGAAUAGCAAGUCAUAACACAGCCACUCUCCGGAUAAAUUUCGAGUUGCAUUCUCGCAGUUCGUCCAAUAAUCAUUCAGAUACUCAGUUUGUGCGUCUGCCAUCAUGAUAUUUCGCGCUCUAACUUGAAAUUCGAGGUAGGUGAGUAACAGUUUUCUUCAACUACACCUUAAGUUGUUCAUUAUCGCCACUGUGUGUUUGUCGACGAAUCCGGUGACAACUUUUGGACGGCCAGAAGUCACGGUAAAGCGCAGUAGGGAGAAUCUGAUUUACGCGCAGAUGAUCGCUUUUUGUCGCUUAUGAAUGUGACUUCACGCAAUUGUUCGCAUUUUCAAAGAAAUGAAUGCGUAUUUUCUCGUAAUGAACAGCAAAAGGUUUAUUAACGAACGUUUUGAGCCGCUUUUAGCAGGAAUUAAAACGCAAUCUUUUGUACCCUUCAAUUUCCUGUUAUCAUCAAUUGCGCAAUAAUUUGUUUCUUCGUGCUUGUCGUUCAUGCCAUGCAAGUUCGUAAUCCCAUUUAUUUAGGAUAUCUUGUCGGAAGUUAAUACUUUGAAAACUUGAAAGAGAUUUGAAAUUUCAUAAACAUGUAAAUAAAAAUACCGUGAUAUUAUGAUAUCAAACGUGAAAUUAUUUCAAACUGUUUGCUGGCAAAGAAAAGUUUGUAUCAAUAAAGUGGAGUUGAGGUUUGAGAAAAACUAGAUUUUGACGCUAUACCAAGCUUAUUGAAGUGAAUUUUUUUGAAGGACUUUAAGUUCUAAGAUGCACAUUCAUCCUAUAGCGUCACAAUCUUGGAUUUCUCGGUUUCCGCAUUGUAAUAAGAUACAAUUGUUUCGGUUGAACCUCGAGGGAGAAAUCUUUUGGUUUCAAUUACAAAGUGCGAGGACUUGGCAUCCAAACAGGAAGCAGAUUCAAAGCGUAAAUCUUUAUUCUAAUUAGAGUUGAGUUUUCACCUUUUCUCAAGUCAAUUUAGCUGUGUAGCCACUUUCCGUAUCCGUGCCGUUAUGCGCAAUUGAUAGAGCCAGUGCGCAUGUGCGAUUAAGUAUUUAUUAAAACGAGAAUAGCAUGACGAAAGAAUAUUUUACCUUUUCCUCUCACAUAUAUCAAUCGCUGUUUCAUUUCACUUAAUAUGUAUCUAUGCUUGAACAAAUUGAAUCUUUCUCAGGAUUUAGGUCGAGGAUAGCUGUCUCCAGUGCUAACGCCGAGAAUGGCUUUACAGCCUUUUACAAACAAGCAGCUGAAUUACUUCAAAUUUGCCUCAGUUGUAGUAAAUGAAUUCGCCACUGCUUUGCGUCAGACGUUCAAAUCCAUGUGGGACAAUAGAUUUGGACAUCGUCCCGGAUAUCAACUGUGGGAUAACUCCACGGUAGUAAGAAAUUUGUUUCUCGCUGAAGAAGGUGGAAAAAGCAAAGUUCCUACACACAUCUCCUAUGAAGAAUGGGAUUGUACCGCUCUGUUCCAGGCCACCAUCUAUGCAAGGUCCUUCGCUACGCCAGAUAGCAAAGGUCAUUACAAGACACUCAGUGAAAUGUACGUAAGGCACCAUAAAGUACCUCCCGGAAAGUUCCAUCCAUCUGUUGUGAGUCCAAGUGGAAAUACCGUCGAAACCUUCGCUCUUGCGAUUGAUCAGCUUCGACUUUUACGAAACUUCCUUUGUCACGCAGACAGGUCAGAGAUUGAUAAACCAACCUUUGACCAAUACGUGAAGCUUGCUAAAGAAGCAUUCAAAGCUCUUGGAAUCAUAACAGAUCCAAUUGAUGCCACCGGUGGACUGACAGAGUCUGACUUUCCCACCAAAGAAGUUCGCAAAUUGGAAGAAAGUCUUAGACAGGAGACCAGAUCAUACAUCGAGUGUCUCGAAGAACUAAGAUCAGGUGUCGAGUGUCUCGAAGAAGUGAAAUCAGGUGUCGACAAAUUAAUAGCACAGGGGAAUGCGAUAAAAGAAAAAGUUGAUGACCUCGCUUUGUUGAAGGGAGAAAUAGAUGAUUUGAAACUUAACAUGGAUGAAGAUCAAACAGGUAUAAACUGAUUAAAAGCUUUACAGAAUUUUUUGAUUAACAACAAUUUAAGAUGUAAUAUGGCAGUCUUAUAACCAUUAGUUUGGCAGGGAGGAACUGAAAUGAAAUAGCAGCGUUUCUGCUCUUUCUCUAGUAAUAAUAGUUCAACGGGGCAACUUCCAGUUUUCGCAAAAGUGCUUCGUACAUGUCUUGAAAAUCCUGUCUUCGUCCCUAAAAUGAUUUUAUUCUAUAAUCAGAAUACCACCUUAAACUAUCUGUUAUCUUUUAUUUUAAAACAAUUUGUUCAAGAAGUAAGCCGCAGCCACUAUAUUUACCGGCAUCGUGACUCUUGUGGGAUGUUGUUAAGAUUACAACCUCACGGAAAGAGUAAGAAGCUCAUGAUUAAAGCUGUGUCCCUAAAACAUGAUUUCCACAUUUUUAAUGGUACAGUAAAAUGUACUAUUUAUUAUCAUCGUUAUUUUUCUCUCCAAACUACCGACAUGAGCUCUUUCAUAAUUGCAUCAAUUUGCUUCUUUUAAGAUUCAAAGCCGUUCCUUCCACCAUCAAAUCUUCCUUCAAAGGUUCCACACUUCACUGGCCGUCAGAGAGAAUGUGAAGACAUCAGCAGUCACUUAACUUCCAAACGUUCCCGGAUCGUGUCGGUAUGGGGCUCGCCUGGUUUUGGUAAGACUUCUGUGGCAACUGAAGUCGGACAUCGACUUCAAACUGGUGGACUUCUCGUAUACUUCUUCUCCAUGAGAGGGCUUCUUUCAAAGGCCGAUCUGACCACGCAGCUUCUGAGCUUCUUUAGAAGACUCUCCACAAGAGAUCAAAUUCCUCAGCAGAUGUCCAUAGAAGAAGAACUUUUUCUCUUUCUAAGAGACAUUUCAGGUGAAUUUGUGAUGAUUCUUGACAAUGCCGAUGAGUUACUCGAAAGUGGAGCACCGAAUGUGAAGGAGGAUUUCAUCAACCUUCUGGAAGUCAUUCUUAGUCAAUUCAAAAAUUUAACAUUUCUUCUUACCACAAGGGAAUCUCUUGAAUUUAUGAAUGUGCAUUUUGAAGGCCAUCAAGCAGUAAGAAUAGGGCCAUUACACGAGUCCUUCUCUCAAACCUUAGUCGGCGGAUUACUUCCUAAAGCGACCGCGUCUGACUGCUCGAAAAUUGCGAAAAUCUGCGGGUUCGUACCUUUGGCCAUGAAACUGUUGUGUUCCUCCAUUACUGAAGAUAAUGCUCAGCCGAGUCAAUUUUUAGAUACCUUCAAGGAAUCAAUAGAAAGUAGCCUUUUCGAGCUAUUGGACAAUCCAGAUUAUCCAAGCUAUCUGCGAUUAAAGUUCCUAUUUGAAUCCUCUUUUCAGAGACUCUCUUUAUCUGAAAAAGAAGCGUUGGCAUCACUUAGUGUUCUUUCUGGAGAUUUUAACCACUCAGUUGCUGCAGCUGUCAUGGGUGUAAAAGCAACUCUGGAGGCCAAGAAAAUCUUGCAUAGGCUUCGGAGAAAGUCUUUCCUCGACUCUAGCUCCAAACCUGAGUCAUUUUCGAUGCAUAAGUUGAUUCUGUCGUUUGCAAGAGGAAGAGGUCAAGAUGAAAUGAAAGAAACUAUGCUGAACGCCAAAGCACGUUUGUCUGCAUUUUACGUCUCUCUUUUCGAGAAGCUAAAUAAACAGUUUUUGACAGGACAAUCCAUGCAAGCAUUUAUUGAUUUCUAUGAAGAGAGGCAGAAUAUUAUUCAGAGUCUUAUGGAGAGCUGCACCGAUCCUAAGACAUGUGACGUUGCAUUUGGUGUCCUGACAAAGGCGGAAAUCUUUCUAGAUUCCCUUUUCUGGUGCGAGGGAAAAAUUAUCGACAAAAUUUAUGAUCACGCAACUGAAAAAGCUCAGGCGUUUGGAAAGAGCGUGUUCUAUAGUCAGUUACUGUUGUCCUUGGCAUUCACCGAAGUGACUUGGGGGAUACAUGGAAGAUCGAUGACGCUACUCUCUAAAGCCGAGGGCUUUUCUUUGUCGGUAGAUGAUAAAAGAAAACUCCUUUGUUAUAAAGGCAUCUGUCAACUGGUUUCAGGGAAAAUAGAUGACGGAGCUGAGAACUUACAAAAAGCUCUUUGCAUGGUGAGUGAUAGCCCCGAACAGCGAAUUCUCACAGUAUUUGCACUGCAAAUUCUUGUUACUUACUUUCUUUUCAAGAAAAAGAAAGCAACUUCUCUGGAGCUUUACACCACAGCCUUACAUGAAUGCAGAGCAUUAGGAGACACAAGUCUCCUUGUUAUUCCUCCAGUGAAUAACAAAGAAUUGAGAAUAAUCGAGGCAGAUAUGCCAAAGGCAGAUGUUACAACCAUUCAACCACUUAGAUUAGAAAUGAUAUGCGUUGUUAGCAAAGCGACAGAAAUGUUCUAUGACUAUGAAACAAAGCAAGCAAUAAGCAAAUCUGUACUAAGGAUGUCAAAUGAAAUAGAUAAACAGAUCCUCCCACAUUUCAUUGGUUCAUGGACCUUCCAGCGCAACGUCAAUUCGACACUUAAAAAUGUACUGAAUAAUCCCGAGGAAGCAACAAAGUUGUGGGACACAUGGAUAAAUUAUCAUAAAAUGACCUUAAAACAAAGUGCAAAAGUUAAUGCAGGAGAUAAAGCUAAACCCAACAAUCAUCUUGAUUUAAAUUGGCAUCAAGAAGGACUACUAAGAAGCUAUUUGGACCGUGGCUGCGCUAUUCAUCAGAUGCAAAACUAUCCUGGUGCCAUUCACUCCUUUCAACUUGCCCUCGACAUUGCAAUAGGACUCUUUGGGGAAGAACACCCAGACACAGCUCAAAGUUACUUUUCUCUCGGAGAAACACAACAUGCCUCAAGCGACUUCUCGUCAGCAGUUGCGUCUUUUCAGCGUGCUCUCAAAAUUAGAACUAAACUCUUCGGGAAAGAACAUCCAGAUACAGCUCAGAGUUACUUUUCUCUCGGAGUAACCCAACAUGCCGCAGGCGACUUUUUGUCAGCACUUCAGUCCAAACAGUGUGCUCUUGACAUAAGAGUUAAACUCCUAGGGGAAGAACACCCAGACACAGCGAAGAGUUACUUGUCUCUCGGAAAAACCCAGCACGCCUCAGGCGACGUUUUGUCAGCCUUUAAGUCCAAACAGCGUGCUCUUGACAUUAGAGUGAAACUGUUUGAAAAAGAACACCCAGAGGAAGCUAAGAGUUACUUUGACCUCGGAGUAGCACAACAUGCCUCAGAAGACUUUUUGUCAGCACUUCAGUCCAAAAAGCGUGCUCUUGACAUAAGAGUGAAACUCUUUGGGGAAGAACACUCAGACACAGCUCAGAGUUACUUUUCUCUUGGAAUAACCCAACAUGCCUUAGGCGACUUUUUGUCAGCAUUUCAGUCCAAACAGCGUGCUCUUGACAUAAGAGUUAAACUUUUUGGGGAGGAACACCCAGACACAGCUAAGAGUUACUUUGACCUCGGAGUAACACAACAUGCCUCAGGCGACUUUUUGCCAGCACUUCAGUCCAAACAGCGAGCUCUUGACAUAAGAGUUAGACUCUUUGGGGAAGAACACCCAGACACAGCUAAAAGUUACCUUGACCUCGGUGUAACCCAACAUGCCUUAGACGACUUUUUGUCAGCACUUAAGUCCAAACAGCGUGCUCUUGACAUAAGAGUGAAACUCUUUGGGGAAGAACACCCAGACUCAGCUCAGAGUUACUUUUCUCUCGGAGUAACCCAACAUGCCCUAGGCGACUUCUUGACAGCACUUCAGUCCAAACAGUGUGCUCUUGAUAUAAGAGUUAAACUUUUUGGGGAAGAACACCCAGACACAGCUAAGAGUUACUUUGACCUCGGUGUAACCCAACACGGCUUAGGCCACUUUUUGUCAGCACUUCAGUCCAAACAGCGUGCUCUUGACAUAAGAGUUAAACUCUUCGGGGAAGAACACCCAGAUACAGCCGAGUAUUACUUCUCUCUCGGAGUAACCCAGUUUACCUCAGGCGACGUUUUGUCAGCACUUCAGUCUUUUCAGCGUGCCCUUGAAAUCAGAAUUAAGCUCUUAGCGGAAGAACCAAACAAAGCUUAGUGUUACUUUUCUCUCUUAGAAACACAACAUGCUUUAAGCGACUUCUCGUCUGGCGUUCAGUCUUUUCAGCCUGCUCUUGAAAUUAGAGCUAGACGAUAGUUACUUUACUCUCGAAGUAACCCAUCAUGCCCCACGCGACUUUUUGUCAGCACUUGAGUCCAAACAGCGUGCUAUUGACAUUAGAGACUAUUCGGGGAAAACACUCAGACACACCUCAGCGUUACGUUUAUCUCGAAGAAACACAAAGUGCUUAGGCAAUUUCUUGUCAGCACUUCAGUUCGAUCAGCGCGCUCUUACAGUUUUACAAUUCAAAUGA